GCGCCAAACCGCAGCAAAUCCGCCCGUAUCCCAACUUUCCAUCUCUCUCCACACCUUCUCCCCGCAAUCCAUAGCAGGCCCUUUUCCUACUCCCCCCUCUCCACCGCUUUCGCUUCUUCACUCGCUCUCGCCCCUGGAUACUGUAGCAACAUUUUCCCAUUUUGCCCCCUUCCCCCGGAAUUCGAAAUGGGGCGAGGCUCACGGCUUACCCGUCUGGAUGCCUUCACCAAGACGGUGGAGGAUGCCCGUGUCCGGACCACCUCUGGAGGAAUAGUUACUCUCGUCAGUUUGUGCGUUGUGUUCAUUCUGGUGAUUGGUGAAUUUCGGGAGUACCGGCGGAUUCAGGUGCUCCCGGAGUUGGUUGUCGACAAGACUCGUGGGGAGGUUGGUCCACCUUUUUCGUCAUAUCAUGUCACCCCUCAACUCCCUCUCUCACAACCUCCGAGAAUACGAAAGGAUGCCAAUCGCUAAUGGCCCGUGACAGCAACUCCCCAUAAGCCUCAACAUAACAUUCCCCCACAUCCCCUGCGAGCUUCUGACCCUGGACGUAAUGGACGUCUCCGGCGAGCAGCAAUCCUCAAUAACCCACGGGAUCCACCUGACUCGCCUAACCCCCUUCCCAGAAUCCAAGCCGGUCUCCACCACCUCCCUGAACGUCCACGAGGACACGGCACCCCAUCUCGACCCAGACUACUGCGGAAAAUGCUACGGUGCCCCGGCCCCUGAGAAGAGCAAUGGCUGCUGCCAAACCUGCGAAGACGUGCGCGAGGCGUAUGCAUCCAUCGGCUGGGCCUUCGGGAAGGGAGAGGGAGUGGAGCAGUGCGAACGGGAACACUACGCCGAGCGCCUCGACGAGAUGCGCGAGGAGGGAUGCAACAUAGCCGGGCACCUGAGCGUCAACAAGGUGAUCGGCAACUUCCACAUUGCGCCCGGAAAAUCCUUCUCAAGCGCACAAAUGCAUGUGCACGACCUCAACCAAUACUUUGCCAGCCCGAAGGAGCACACCUUCACACACACCAUCCACCACCUCUCCUUCGGCCCGGACCUCCCUGCCAGCGUCAAAGUCCACCGUAACCCCCUCGACGACUCGACACAGCUCGCCCAGGAACGCAGCUUCAACUUCAUGUACUUCAUCAAGGUCGUCUCAACAAGUUACCUCCCCCUCGGCGUUUCGGAGAAACCUUACGCCCCCGGCGCGAUAGAGACGCACCAGUACUCCGUGACCAGCCAUAAACGCUCGCUAAUGGGCGGCGCGGAUAAGGAGCAUGCGAGCACCAUCCACGCCCGUGGUGGGGUUCCGGGCGUUUUCUUCUCUUACGUAUAUAUCCCCCCCCUCCCCCCCCACAACCUCCCGUAGCCGGUAUCCGGUAGCUAACACGAACAAUAGGACAUCUCCCCAAUGAAAGUCAUCAACCGCGAGGUCCGCGCUAGAUCCUUCACGGGUUUCUUGACCGGUGUGUGCGCCAUCAUCGGUGGAACGCUCACGGUUGCCGCGGCGAUUGAUCGGGGAUUGUAUGAAGGCGGUAUGAGGGUUAAGAAGUUGCAUCAGGGGUAGUGCGGGUCACGAGUUAUUAAAUCAAUAUCAAGACAAUUUUAUACCUGGGGGUGUUCAUUCCUCAUUUUUUGUCGGGGAUGAGGGAACUUGGGGGCGGGCGGUGGGCAAGUGGAGGAGUAAGACGGCGUGUAUUUGUAUCUGUUGGUUAUUGGGCCGGAUUGUUCGAUACGAUAUGAAAUGCUGCGAGGUGAUGUAUAUUGCUCGCACGCAUGCUAGAUUUUAUGUGGUGCCGAAUGGUGCCUUUUUCCCCA